AUCCUACCGCUGUCAUAUCGUACCGGUACCAGCACCCCGACAGUACAGUACAGUACCGGUACCGUAUCCGGUGUCUAUUUGGGCAUCUGCCCGCUUUUUUCUCCUGAUUCUUGGCCCAGAGCCUCCCCCUCCUGUGCCGUGCGCUUUACAGGCGCAACAUAGACCUUCAAUCAAAUAUCUCCCUUUCUCAACUCGUAACGUACCGGUGACUGGACCUCCCGUCCACGAUGGUUCACUGCAACGCGACCCUAUCCGAAACCCACUGUGAGCCCCUCCUGGCGCGCGCCUCAAAAGUGAUGGCCAAUUCUAUGGUUACUGAUUGCAAACCUAGGGGAGACUGAGAAGAUCGUGGGAAACUUGAGUCUGCAUACCUUGGGAUGGUUGAUAAGCGGUGUAUGAGUUUUCCACUUUAUAAUUCCUACUCAUUUCGAAACUUGGUUUCCCGCGGACGCGUUGGGCAGAGGCGGGGAAAGUGCUGACUUGAGGUUUUUGUCAACAGGCUUGCGCUCUCAUAGCUACAACCAUCUCCUUUUUCUUGAUAUUCCGACAUGCCACCAAUUACACAAAACCUAAUGAACAGAAACAGUGAGUCUCACCAUUGGCUCACUCGCCAACGCUCUGGCUAACGAACCCGUCAGCAUUAUCCGCAUUCUGCUCAUGAUUCCCAUCUAUGCUAUAACUUCAUGGCUUUCAUAUGUAUGGUACUGGCAUGCGAUAUAUUGGGAGGUCGCACGGGUGGGAACAGCUCAUGCCACGACCCGGUUACCCAAAAUCUAACUCGUUGCUAGGAUUGUUAUGAAGCUUUCGCGAUCGCAUCAUUCUUCACGCUCUUGUGCGCAUACAUUGCGCCGGAUCUCCGUGGGCAAAAGGAUUUCUUUUCAACGAUGGAGGUGAAGCCGUGGCCUUGGCCAAUAACGUGGAUUAAUAGAUGCAUGGGCAAGCGGCAGAUACGGAAACCCAGGAAUGGCUUGACAUGGUUUAACGUUCGAUUUGCCCUUUGAUCCACCAACGCGGUACAUUCUGACAAUGGCCUAUACAGGUGAUAUGGAUGGGUGUCUUUCAAUACAUCUUCAUCAGGGUUGCGACCACUGUAAUUGCUACGGCAACACAGGCCACCGGAAACUACUGUGAAGAUUCACUUCAUCCGGCAUUCGCGCAUUUGUGGUGCAUGAUUUUUAACGUCAUAGCUGUGACCAUCGCCAUGUAUUGUCUCAUUGCAUUUUACCUCAAUCUCAAGCGGGAUCUCGCAGCAAACAAACCCUUUUUCAAACUACUUUGCAUAAAGCUAGUCAUCUUCUUCUCCUUCUGGCAGAUGGUAUGGGUGUGCCCCGUCUCACCUCAGCACUAUCGCUAACAUUUGCCAAGAUAUUAUUAGAUUUCCUCGUUUCGACCAAAAUCAUCAAGCCAAGCAAAGUCAUGUCGCAAGGUGAUAUUUCCAUCGGAUUUAAUUCCCUACUCAUUUGCUUCGAAAUGAUCAUUUUUGCCAUUUUUCACUUGUGGGCAUUUGCAUGGAAGGAUUUCGACCACGGUUCCGGACAGAAGACAUCUGUUUUCAGAACGCUGUUGGAUGCGUUCAAUCCAUGGGAUACCAUUUGUGCAACGGCAAGAGGGCUGAAAUGGAUGCUUUGGGGCUGGAGAAAAAGGCAUCGGGAUGUGGAAAAGAUUAUAAGCCGGAAGAAGGAAAGCCAAGGGUUGGCAGGGGACGCCGCACCAAUGGGAACAACAAACCUGAGGCCGCUGCCCGGAGGGUUACAAGUGCACCACCCCACUCCGGCUGAUGUAACAGAGGAUAUCCAAAGCCCGACGGAACGCAUGUACGACAAUUCGGGGAUAGGAUCACUGGACACCAUAGGAGACUCCUGGACAUCAAGGCCCUCCACAUCGCAACUACCCCACCAUCCCGAGCCAACAAGAGCAGACAGCCCCCGUACCCCACACGCGCCCCGGCCGUAUCCACACGGCGCCGGUUUUCCUCUGCCCUAUCCGGACGCACAAUCCUACGCACCUCGAGUCGAUCGUCAAACAAGGCACGGCCGCUCACGCCCACCGCCAUCACACCCAAGCGCAGAGCCAUUGCUUCCCGAUGACCGGACAGAUCCAAGCGUCAGCUACAUACCCAGCGCCGCCGGAUCCAGCCAGGUGUACCGGUGAGUCGAGGGCGGGAAUGCAAAGGAACGCGGACGGGCAAUGGGACAGGCGAUGGAGGGAAGUAUGAGUGAUGACCACAAGGGUGGGGAGCAAAGAGAAAAAAAGAGUAAUCAAUCUCGUUUCUUUUGGACCGGUGUUGGGGGUUCCUUUUCUGGGUUGAAGCGUUUUCAUUUCUUUUUCUCAAGGAGUUUUUUUCCUUUUAUUCUCGUGGCUCGAAGAUUUAUACGUGCUCACGGAUUGUAAUUUUAGUCGCACGACAGCUAUGGUUAUGAUACAAGAGUGAAGAUUUAGAAA